AUGGAAGAGUGUUCUUCAAGCACGAAAAGAGCACGGCCUAAGGAUGAGUUUAUUCGCUUGGUGUUUUCGUGGUCUCUUGAAGACAUUUUUAAUGAGGAUCUGUACAGAAACCAGGUGGAGAAAAUUCCAGAGUUGCAUCAAUCUGUGGAUCAAUAUCUUGGUUCAUAUGUCUUCCCCUUGCUGGAAGAAACUCGUGCGGAACUUGCAUCUGCCAUGGACGGUGUUUAUAAUGCUCCUUUUGCUGAGGUGAUAGCUCUUGAUGCGGCAAAACCUUACGACACACACACUUUGUUGUAUAACGUAAAAGUUGACAAAUGGAAAAACAGAUUAGGCCAUAGUGAUAGGAAGCCAUAUAGAACCUUGCCUGGAGAUGUUGUUUUGCUUUUAACUGGGAAACCUGAAUCGGUUGCUGACUUGCAACAAGUUGGAUGGACAUGGACUUUUGCAUCAGUUACUAAUAUUGCGGAGGUUGAGAAUGAUGAUAAUUAUACUUCCACUGAUUUCAGAGUAAAAGCUGAGAAUCGCAUUGAGGUUGAAGAUGAACAGCACAAGUCACUUUAUGUGGUUUUUUUGGCAAACAUAACGACAAAUCAAAGGAUUUGGAAUGCAUUGUGCAUGCGUAAAAACCUAGAUAUCAUUGAAACAGUAUUGUCCAAGAAUGAUCGGUUAUCAUUGUUACAAUUUUUCAUAUUCUCCUCGUACAUUUUUUUGCCUAUCAUAUGUUUGAAGCUCAUGGCAUUUAUUGACCAAAGAUGUUUUGGGUUGUAUGAUUAA